GAGCUCUGAUCAGUAGUACAAAUCCAGAAGAAUUGAACGUCUAUUUGGAACCAAAGUACAUUCAAGUCUGUGAAGGAGACUCUGUCACAAUCAACUGCACUUUUCAGCCGAGUGGAAAGUACAAACUGAGAUGGUACUACAGCCCGACUGAUUCAGACUGUAACUCUGGAAUAGAAGGAUUACACGAAAAAAGGCGUGUUUAUACAGAAAACAAUGACACUUGGUCAGUAUUCACCAUUAAUUCCAUCAAGACCAAUGGGAGCGGAUGGUACUUCUGCAAGGUUACGAGAGAUAUUCCUGUUCUUGACCAAAAAUGCAGUAAUGGAAUACAGGUUCUGGUUGAUGCCAACAGCACCCCGGAAUAUCCGACACAGCCACAGAUGCAGAAUCCAACACAAAACCUAACUACACAAGAUUCACCCACAACUUGCUUGAUCAGUGCCGUUACAGCCACAACAAUCCCCUCAACAUUCGCCAAACCACUGUCCAGCUUUACUCAGUGGUGGAUAUGGCUAGCGUCGGCAGUUGGAUGCGCAGUACUUCUUGUGUCAAUUGUUGUCAUAUGCAUCUUGACUCGCAAACCUGAAGAGAUCAUUUAUGAGAACACCAAACCAGUGGAAUCGAGCUGCUGGAGGCGAAACCGGACUAAGAUGGACAUCUGCGACCUGCCUUCGUCCAAAAAAACUGACACCAUUAAACCGCUAAGGAAGUACGACACUCUUUCAAGCAACAGAAUCCGAAGGCCAUAAGUCUUCCAUAUGAAAGAAUUACCUUCUGAAAACACAUUAAAUAUAUGAAAUACCUUACUGUACACACAUAUUUAAUUUUGUAAUGUAGCAUUUCCCGAUAGAUGGGAAGCUGUAAAUAUAAAGCUGUUUCUUUUUUCUUCAGAAAGAG